AUGCCCUCCCUCGACGCUCGAAAGCUCGGUCGCAAAGCAACGAACCAUCUCCUCCUCGGCCUCUCCCUCCCGACAAUCAUCGACCUGUACUCCUCCACAUCGAUCGAAUUCCUCCGAAGCCUAAACUCCCUCCUCUCCGAAUUCGACUCCUUCCAACAACUCCACGGCGAAUCAUCAACCGCUGCAUCGCUCACCCGCGCGCGUCUGCCAAGCAUGUUCCGUCGUCCAGGCGGUAAAUCUCGUCGCUCGACAUCAGCAGCUGACAUGCACCCCAUGGUCGACGAAAUGGCUUCUCUCCCUGCAGCUGGUGGUCCUGCACCAUCGGUGAUGAACUUUGCAGCUGCUGAGACAGAUCUCCUACCCGGAGAAGAGUAUACUUUUCUGCUCACGCCUUCGCUUCCGUUUGAUCCCGAUUACUUUGAGACGUUUGCGACGCUGUGCGAUGUGUUGAUCGAUUGCUACACGAGGUUUCUGGCGUUGGUACCUUCACCUAGAGAGUGUUCUGCACCUGUCGCCGAACUCUUCACGAAAGCGGAUUCGCGCGUGCGCAAGAUAAUUGUGCAAGGCAUAGUGCGGGACUUUGAGGAGCAGAGUCGGAGUCAUGUUAAGAUGGAGGUGGCUAGUAUCGGAAAGGUUGUCCUAGGAGGAUUAAUGUGA